GUGCCGACAUUCAGAUGGAGUUAGUCGCAUCGCCUCAUUAAGCUGAAAAUGGUUCACACCGUUAUUUCUGUGUAAUUACCGCGCUGUGAGUGAACGUCACUAACAUUAUGGUAGCUAACGUCAGUGUUAGCAAGCAGUGACUAGCUGUGUGUUAGCAAACGUUUACCCCUGGUUUGUUUGUUAAACUCCCCUGGGGAAAGAAAAGUUAACAGCGGUUAACUAACCGACAAACAGCGACUGGUGGCGCAGACGGGACUGAGGGGGUUGUGGUGUGUCCCUGAGCCUGAUAGCGGGGCUAACUGAACGCGAAGCGGCUAACAAUGUUCUGCGUAAUGUGAAGUUACAGCGCGCCAAUCCGCACGGACGUUUAUUGUGAAGGACUGAAGACACUAAACAGCAUGGAGGACAGGUGGAGUACGGGAAAUAGUGAGCCGACGGUCUCCUAAGAAGCUGACUCAGGAUAAACUGAUACCUGGAGGGAAAGAAGCUGCACAGAUAUGAGUGAGGUGGCGGAGGAAGUGAUGGACAGCUCUGCUGUGUCUGAGGAAGAAGUGGAGGAACCGCAGGAGACGUCACAGGAAGACCAGUCGAAUCCGAACAAAAGCAACUCCAAAAUAUCUGCUGCAGGUGAUAUCAUUGAAGGCAAGCGGGCAAAGAAGACAGUUGAGAGGCUCGAUUUCCAGGCGCCGAAGCAAAAGGAGAAGCUCAAGAUUGGAGAUGGUAGUGGAGAUAAAUUGGGUGACAUUCCGCGCACCGGCUACCAGAUCACCAAGAUGAAGCCGGCUGACCUGAAACUCCUGCACGCCAUCCUGUUCGACAGACCAGGAAAGAUCGCAACAAUAAAGAAGAACCUGCGUCUGUUUAAUGGCUUUCCAUUUGACGCGGACAGCGAACAGUACACCAAAAAACGAGAAAAACUCCUCAAGAGUUCAAAUUUCACCAACACCAAACUGAAGGUCGUCUGUGGUGUUUUGGAUCUGGAGAAGAAAGGAACCCACACAGAUCUGGUCGACAGGAUCCUGACUUUUCUCGUCGCACCGAAGAACAGCGGGAAGCGUUUGCCCGUGAAGAAGAAGAGAAAAUCAAAGAAGAAACUGACGGGCGACGACUCGAAUGCCAAGACCAAGAAGAAGAGCAAACCCAAACCCAGGAGCUCGUCGUCCAGUCCCAAGAAGUCCAAAACAGGAAGCAAAUCCAAAGCCAUCGUCAUGGACUCCAGCAGCGACGAGGAUGAUGAUGAGGAAGAUGAGAAGGCGGGAGCUUCAGCUGAGGCCGAGGGAUCAGAUACAGAAGACAGACCAUCAGAGAAGGAGGAGGACCAGUCGGACAAGUCGGAGGAGUCUGCAGACGAGGAGGAGGAGGAUGAAGAGUCUCCCAAGUCAAAGUCUGGCAGAGGGAAGUUGGCUUCCAAGAAAUCGGCAGCAGUGAAGAGACAGAGGACACCAGCGAAGAAGACGGGUCCUCCUAAAAAGAGAUCGAAGAAGGAAGCUUCAGAUGAGUCAGAAUCUGAUGCUGACAGUGAUGAGAAGCCCCAAAAAAAGAAAUCAGCCAAACCUGCCGCCAAAACCAAGAAGGCUGACAGUAGCAGCAACAGCAACAGCAAAAACAACACAAACACAGCAGAGGACAGCUCGGACGACGACGAGCCGCUCAUCAAGAUGGUGAAGAAGGCGCCGACUGACGAGCAGCUGAAGGAGACGGUGAAGAGUCUGCUGAAGGAGGCCAACCUGGAGGAGAUGACCAUGAAACAGAUCUGUCAGAGGGUGUUUGACACGUACCCAGACCACGACCUGUCCAUCAAGAAGGACUACAUCAAACAGACCGUCAAGUCUCUCAUCACAUGAAGAUCUGAAGAAGAAUGAAGCUGCAGAAUGUCACAGGAGGGAAACUUCAGUAGAAAUGAUUGAAAAGCUCCUUUUUCAUUAGUUUCAUAUCAGUUUGUUUUCAUACAAAACAGUUUUAUACAUUAUUAUGUUUUUUAUGAAUGUGUGACCCGUGUAUAGAUUUCAGAUCAGUGUUAAACAUCAGCUGUUCUUUAAUGUUCUCUGGCAAAGUUAAGAUUAAUGAGAGAAAAGACAUUUCUGUUCGUUUGUAUGAUGUUUGUCAGUCGACUUUUAGUCGUCGUGUUUAAGAAGCAAAAAAAAAGUGGGGAAUUUCCUCAUUAACGCCAAAACUGAUCUUUGCUUGUGACUCGCAUCAAAUUCAGACCCAUGUUGUAAUUAGAUGAAGCCGUUUCUGAUUAACACACUUUGACUAGUUUCUUUUUGGUUUUCUGUUUGUUUUGCUGUCAGAUGUUAAUGUACAUUCAUUGUGCUGAGUAAUUUACUUACUUAUUAAAAUUGUACCUUUUUGAACAAAAA